AGCCCGCGAGGCCGGCGAAUCAGCGCGCAGGGAGCGACCACAACCACAGGGCAGGACGGAUCGGGGCCAAAUCACGAAAACAUAAACUGGGCAGAGUAAUAUUAAAAUAAUAGUAAUAAAAUAUUCAAGCAAAGCGACGCUGAAGUAACUUCUUUUAUCAAAUCCUGGAUAAGCAGAGAGGUACCUAAGUGUACGGCAAUUGCAGAUCUUAAGAGAAGGAACAACGCAACGGGAAGAUGUCAACACUUCAAACAACUGAGCUGUUAAUUGACCCCAAGGACCUUCAAAUCAGGACUGUUACUGUGGAAAAACUACUGGAGCCUCUGAUAACUCAGGUGACUACUCUUAUCAAUUGCCCUAGAAAUCCAUCAAACAAGAAAAAGGGAUGCUCAAAACGAGCUCAAGUUCUCUUAAGGUCAGUCGAAGAUGCCACACUGCAUUUGGUCGAAAAGGGAGAAAAAAUUGCAAAGGACAGUAACCUGCUGAAGGAUGAGCUCAUGGCAGCAGUUGAAGAAGUGUGGAAAGAGAGUUGCUCCCUUUCAAAGACAGCCAGUGUGUUCACAGAUAAUCCCUGCCACCUGCCGGCCCGAGAAGACGUGGUGCAGGCCGCCCGGGCGCUCCUGGCAGCGGUGACGAGGCUUCUCAUUCUUGCAGAUGUUGUUGAUGUCAUUGUUCUGCUGCAGCAUUUGAAAAAGGUGCAAAGAACCUUUGAAGUGAUGAGAGUCGCAUCGAGCCACCCAGAGCUGAGAAAGACGUACCAGAAAUUCAGAAGUGAGUUAGAGCUGCUUGACAAGCUUGCUCAACGACGCCAACUGGAUCUAAAAUCCCCCGAACAGCGUGAUGAGAUGGCAGGUGCCCGGUCAUUACUGAAACAGAGUUCAGUACUUCUAUAUUCCAAUUUGUGUGCCUGCCUAGAGCACCCUGACAUUGCUUCUCUCCAAACCGGCAAGGACUUGAUCUGUGGUGAAUUGCAGAGCGCCCUCUCGACCAUUUCAAGCACUGCCCAGUGCAAUGACCACGUUAAUCAGGCAUCAAGGGACCCUGGUGCCACAUUAGGAGGAGCAUUGGAUGAGCUUGAGAGUGCAAUCAUUAUAGAUCCAUGGAGUGUUAAGGAAGAAACUAUUAGACCUGCUCUAGAACAACGCUUGGAAGCCAUCAUCAGUGGAGCAGCUUUGCUCGCCGACUCAUCCUGCACUCGGGACUUUCACCGUGAACGAAUUAUCACAGAGUGUAACACUGUGCGACAAGCUCUCCAGGAGCUGCUCUCCGAAUAUGUCAGCAAUGCCGGGCUGAGGGAGAGAAGCGAUGCUUUAAAUGAGGCAAUUGAGAACAUGUGCAAGAAGACAAGAGACCUCCGUAAACAGCUAAGGAAAGCCAUCAUUGAUCAUGUGUCAGAUGCCUUUCUGGACACAACUGUCCCACUUCUGGUCCUCAUGGAAGCUGCUAAAAAUGGCAAAGAAAAAGAAAUUAAGGAAUAUGUGGCUAUUUUUAAAGAACAUGCCAACAAGCUGGUGGAGGUGGCUAAUCUUGCAACCUCUAUUUCGGGAAAUGAAGAUGGAGUGAAGAUUGUUCAAAUGGCAGCAAGCCGCAUGGAAGCCUUAGUUCCUCAGGUGACCAAUGCUGCUUUGGCUUUCACAUCAAGGCCCAACAGCAAUGAAGUGAAGAAUAACAUGGAGAUGUAUAAGAAAACUUGGGAGAGUCAUGUCCACCUGCUGACUGAAGCUGUGGAUGACAUCACCAGCAAUGAUGAUUUUCUAGCAGUGUCUGAAAGCCAUAUUUUGGAAGAUGUGAACAAAUGCAUCAUUGCCCUUCGAGAACAUGACAUUGACUGUUUUGACCAGGCAGCAGGAGCAAUUCAAGGGCGGUCCACUCGAGUAGCUCAUGUGGUAACUGGAGAGAUGGACAACUAUGAGCCGGGCACCUACACUGAAGGAGUCCUGAAAAAUGUGAACUUUCUCACCAAUACCGCACUGCCUGAGUUUGUUGUUCAAGUCAAAAAAGCCAUGGAAGCCCUCAGCUCAGAAACAAUGCUACACUUGGAUGACAAUCUGUUUGUUGAUGUUUCCAAAAAAGUGUAUGACUCCAUUCAUGACAUCAGAUGCUCUGUGUUGAUGAUCCGGACACCAGAAGAGCUUGAAGAUGUUUCUGAUUUAGAGGAGGAUUUUAAAAGUCGAAGCACUACCAGCAUUCAAACUGAUGGAAAAUCAGAUAGGGCAAAAAUGACACAGCUGUCUGAGUCUGAAAAGGAAAAGAUUGCCGAGGAAGUUGCAGACUUUAAAAAAGUAAAGAGCAAGCUGGAUGCUGAGAUUGGAAUCUGGGAUGAUACUAGCAAUGACAUUAUUAUUCUUGCAAAAAAAAUGUGCAUGAUUAUGAUGGAAAUGACAGAUUUCACAAGAGGAAGAGGACCACUGAAGCACACAUCUGAUGUGAUAAAUGCUGCAAUGGUGAUAUCUGAGGCUGGUGGCCGAAUGGACAUCCUGGCACGACAGAUUGCUCAUCAGUGUCAAGAUCCAUCAUGUAAACAAGAUCUGCUAGCAUAUUUACAACAAAUCAAGCUGUAUUCACAUCAACUUAAAAUCUGCAGUCAGGUGAAAUCAGAAAUUCACAACCUCGGUGGAGAGCUCCUUUCAUCUGCACUUGACAGUGUCACAUCACUCAUCCAAGCUGCAAAAAACCUAAUGAAUGCUGUAGUGCAGACCGUGAAAAUGUCUUACAUUGCUUCCACAAAAAUAAUCCGGAUUCACAGCCCCAGUGGGCCCAAGUCUCCUGUUGUCAUGUGGAGAAUGAGAGCACCAGAAAAGAAACCACUGGUAAAGAAGGAGAAGCCGGAAGAAGCUUAUGCCACUGUGAGGAAAGGGUCUGCCAAAAAGAAGAUUCACCCCAUCAAAGCCAUGCGUGAAUUCAGCGGGCGACAACUCAGCUAAGCAGAAGCCCAGAAUGAUGAUUGAUUGGCUAGAAUGAAGUCUCAAUUAUUUUUUUUCUUUUGUUGCACGAUGACUAUUCAUUUCUCUUAAAAUGUUUACUAUGUGCUGUUUUACUCUGCAAGAAUGAUACUUUAACAUAUAGCAUAGCGAAUUAGAUUUAAGAUAUUUUGUUUAACUUGUGAAACAAAACCAGAAUGAUUCAUGGAUAAAAAUGGCUUAGUAUUUAGAAAAAUAAAUUGCAUAAGUUCAGGAAAACAUUAAAUCGGGCAUUGACCCAAGGGUAAAGUAAUGAUAAAAUUUUUUAUCAUAUGUGCAUUAAAUAAGAAAAAUAUUAAUCAAUAAGUAAAAGAAAAACAUGUAAAGUAACAUAAAAUUCUCAAACCAGCUUAAUCCAGUUUAGGGUCACGGGGUGCCAGAUGCAAUGCAGGAACUAAGACAGGACAAGGCCCAGUCCAUCGCAAGGCCACAAAUAAGGUAUAGUACCCAAAAAAGCUCUCAGCCAUACAAAAUACAUGUGGAAAUUUCUGUCAUUCAUUAGAACUGUGUUUUGCAACCAGUGUGCUGCACCACAGAGGUGCGCUGUGAGAGCUACCCACUUAUGCCAUGGAAAUAGUGUAGUGCAUUACGUUCUAAACUUGAGAGGGACAAGCUGGUGUAAAUGCAGCUCCACAUUCACUAUAUUGCAGACAUAGCACUUAGAGCACUUUGGACGUGUUUCCUGACUGCUAGGUGUGGGGUUGCCAGCUAGUCUCACAUGGCCAGCGUGGGUAAGUUAGAGAGGAGUGGGAAAAGGGAGAUGCUACCAAAGUGCUCACUAAGUGGUGUGUCAGCAAACGCUUUUCUCUGAGCUGAUUUUUUACCAGCUGCUCUGGUAGUCCUGCCCCUUCAGACUGUUGAGGACGUGAAUUAGAUAUUUGUGGUCAGUAGAAUUGCGUUGUGCCUUAGAAUAUUUUUAGUUACAAAAAGUAGACAGAAAAAAAGGUUGCGAAACACUGCAUUAGAAGCUUGUUAAUCCAUUACAGACAUGCUAAAGCCACACUUUACAGUAUAAUUGCAUAUGGUACAGAUGAUCACUUGCGCUGGGCUACAAAGAUUUUGCUUCCUGAACACCUUUGAGAGUAUGGAAUUUUUUACUCAUUGACAGAGAGUAGUCUUCCUUCUUCCUUGCAUCUUUCAGAUGUCUAGUGUUAUACUUGUGUCUUGAUGCCUAAUUCUUCCCUCCAGUCCUUCUUCAGCUUAAGCUUCUGUCUGGCUGUCAUCAGAUGAUGGCCUGACACUACAUUUGCCCCUCUCUUCUUUCUGAUGUCCUAUAGGGAUCUUUGGAACCUCUUACCUUUGCUGACGUGAUCUGUCUGGUUCUUGGUUACAUGAUCUGGUAACACUCAGGUUGCCUUAUUUAUCUUCUUUUGUACAAAUACAUUACCCCCACUGCGGUGGGCUGGUGCCCUGCCCGGGGUU